AGCACUUGAAGGGUGACAUCCAGCCGGGCGCACGCGCGAUUCGCCGAGACUGUGCGAUCUGGAGCUAUGGCGACCGCAGCAGUCCACCCCGCGGCCCUGCGGUUGCGGCUGCUCCUCUCGCCCCUGAAAUCCCGGAUCUGCGUACCCCAGGCCGAGCCAGCAGCCACCUUCGGCACUGCAGUAACUUCUGCCAAGGUGGCUGUGAAUGGCGUUCACCUGCAUUACCAGCGAGUGGGAGAAGGGGAGCAUGCGGUCCUCCUGCUUCCUGGGAUGUUGGGAAGCGGAAAGACCGAUUUUGCACCUCAGCUUCAGAGCCUAAAUAAGAAGCGCUUCACAUUGGUGGCCUGGGACCCUCGAGGAUACGGACAGUCCAGACCCCCAGAUCGAGAUUUCCCACGGGACUUUUUUGAAAGGGAUGCAAAGGAUGCUGUUGACUUGAUGAAGGCGCUGCAGUUCAAGCAGGUCUCCCUCCUGGGUUGGAGUGAUGGCGGCAUAACUGCGCUCAUCGCUGCUGCAAAGUACCCAUCUUACAUCCGCAAGAUGGUGAUCUGGGGAGCGAACGCCUAUGUCACUGAGGAAGACAGCAGGAUUUACCAGGGUAUCCGAGAUGUUUCUAAGUGGAGUGAGAAGGCAAGGAAACCCUUGGAAGCCUUAUAUGGAUAUGACUACUUUGCCAAAACCUGUGAGAAGUGGGUAGAUGGCAUAAACCAGUUUAAACAUCUGCCAGAGGGUAACAUCUGCCGGCACUUGCUGCCCCUGGUCCAGUGCCCUACCCUCAUUGUGCACGGGGAGAAGGACCCGUUGGUCCCACGUUUUCAUGCUGGCUUCCUUCUCGAACAUGUGAAAGGGUCACGGUUGCAUCUGAUGCCAGAAGGCAAGCAUAACCUACACUUACGCUUUGCAGAUGAAUUCAACAGGUUGGUAGAAGACUUUCUACAGUGAAAGUCCAGGAAACCUCUGGUAUCCAGGAGAUUCUGUAUUGAAGGAUCAUGUCAUUGCCUGUUACCUGGAUGCUCCUAAAUGCCUUCCCUUGCUGUUCACCUCACCUCACAGACAGGCUGCCAGGCUCUCUACCUUCCCUGCAAUGUGACUCUAUGCAAGAAGAAAAAAUAGCAUAUCCAAAUCUGAUUAUAGCUUCAAUCGCUGCAAAAAAAAAACCAUGAACAUUAGCAUUUUUAACAUUAAUUUUCUAUCAUUUUCUUAAAAGUGAAUUCUUACCAUGAUUUGUUUUCAAAUAAAUUUUAUGGGAAACAUU